AUGGCUACGGCAUCUGGGGCGGCGGCGGGAACACGUAUCGCGAUCGCGCAAGUCGCGCUGCUGCCCCAAAGGCCUGUUUCGAGGUUCCGCGCAAGUGCCUGUCCCCCUCUACCUCCAAGAUCAGUUCGGAGCAGCAGAUGUCCUUCGAGUGGUUCCGAAACCGCUGCACCAUCAAUUUCCCGGGCGCUUUCAUCUCGCCAUUCUGGCACACUCCUGUUCCAGGCGUCCGCUGUUGAGCCCGCUGUGUUACACGCCGUGCUGGCUUUGAGCUCAGCGCACCAGAAAGAGAGCUAUGAGCAUAACAGCAGCCCUGCGGACAGCUCACACUCCUUGUGCCCGCGGGAGAGGUUCAUGUUGCUGGAAUACACGGAGGCAAUCCAGCAUCUCCAGCCACAUUUCUCGAGCCAGUCUCAGAGUGCCGUCCGCGUAGCUUUGGCUACUUGCGCAGUUUUCACAUCCUUGGAGAUGUUCCUCCGCCAUUAUAAAACCGGCAUUGCUCACCUUCACAGUGGGCUAAAGCUUCUCCAGUUCCAUACGCGCUAUGGAAUGGGUGACAAAGAGACUGUUGUCUUGAAACCUUCGCGCGGAUACAUCGACGAUUGGAUCAUGGAAAUAUUCGUCAAAUUACACGUUCAGGCAGCGCUAUUCGGUCAGAGUCCUGCGUCACUCUACACUGGCUUACCGCUUUUCCCCUACGAGCCCUUGCCGUCGAGAUUCCAUUCUUCUUAUCAAGCUAGUCUCUACCUUAAUCGAGUACUGGGUGGAAUCUUACAUUUGCAAGAGCAGUGCUGUAUGCAGGAGAGGCAAGAUGGCCAACCCCUGUCUACUGAUUUAUACCAUAGCCAUCGGCUGCUUCAAGCGGAACAUGCUUCAUGGCUGGAAGCAUACAAAUGGUCAAAAUCCAGCCCAGACGAUAGGAUCUCCAUUCGAGAAGCAUUCGCCUACAGGAUCCUGCGAGCCUACCACACCGCUGCUGCUAUUAUGAUCAGCACGUGUCUCUCGCCAACAUCUGAAACCAGAUUCGACGCCCAUGCCGACGUAUUCUUAAGAUUACUGACCCAGCUGGUCGAGAUGUGGAAGGUGACGUGUAAGGGCCCCGUCUGGCACGACCGAAUAAUGGCCCCAUUACCUCCGAAAAUAUACUGGGCCGUUGCCGACAAGGGCUGGCUACCUCUGCUCUACUAUACGGCUCUCAAAUGUCGGAACCAUCGACUCAGGGUGCACGCCAUCAAGCUUAUGGGCGCUCUCCCUUAUAGAGAAGGAAUCUGGAAUGGAGCACUGCUUAUUCCCAUCGCGCGAGAAGUAGUGAGGAUCGAGGAGAGAGACUUUUACGACGGCACGGAACUCGACGAUGACUUUCACUGCGGGAGUGUGCCCGAAAAGCGUGAACUAUGCGCGCAGCCGUUGCCCGAGGCGAAUCGGCUUAAUGGCGUCCAGAUUGCUCUGCCGGACCACGCUAUGGGCAAGGUCACGCUGAAAUGUAGACGGCGCCAUGAAGACGGUAGUUGGCUUUUCUUUCUGAGAGUGUACGAUCCCGUCACCUAG